AUGUCAACCCCUCCUGGAAUCUCUCACUUCUCUGGAAAGAGGCCCAGUUAUGAUAUGGUCAAUCAUCAGCUUGGAAUUGGAAGCAGUGGAUUUGCAGAGUCCGAAAGGAGUAUGGAAUCAAUGAAACAUCAAAGUUUUGUGCAAACAAAUUCAAUCCACAACAGUCAACAGAUGGGAGAUAUUGCUUUCAACAAAACUGACCCACCACCACCACCACAGCCCAGAAAAAGUAUCAAUGAAAUACUCAAGUUUGAUACCGAAGUCUUUGAACACAAUGGCCACCAAUCAGUAGCAGACAAGUCUCAUGCAGAGGCACUGAGGAUGCUUAUCAGAGACAUGCAACCUGGAAUGGAUCGCCUUUGCUUUUCAGCAGACAACCCGAGAGAAGUACAUGGGAUCUUCAAGAGUUUCAGCAUCAAGGCAACCAGGAUCCGGAUGGAUCAAAAACACCACAACAGAUCAACACCUGCAUUCCAAAUCAACAGUGUAGGACACUCCGAAGCAAAUCGUAAGAGGAAGUCGGGCGUGGCUCUUGAAGAAGAGAGGAGGCUGUUAAAGGUAUACGCUAGAAAUAGAAGAAAGUCUCUGGAAGAGCGGGCGGUUGAUAAGCUGUUUGAACAUCGGUUUCUGUGGUACAGGUUUUGGGAAAACAGGACAGGAAUCAAAGUCGUAGAGCAAAACCUUAGGCUGCAAAAGAGGGUGAUUCUAUUCCUAUUUUACACUGACAUGAUCGGCACUAUCCUUCGAAAAUAUAUGGACAAUGAUUCUAUGAAGACUGCGAAAUUUACUGCGAGAUUCCUGCUUCAAAACGCACUAGACAUAGUCUCAGAACAUUAUCGCGUGUCGUUCCAGGAUCCAGCGCAACGAGCGGUCUCAGAGCUCCCAAAAGAAGGCAAGAGUGUUGCAGCUCCUGCUCCUCUGCAAGCCCCGAAGAACCCAAAACUGCACCGACAGGAAUUGGUUUGGAGCUGGAUGCGGAGGUUGAUUGAUCAGUUGAACAAUGACAGCUUGCGAGCCAUCUUCUUGCACAACCAUGGUUGGACCAUUUCUCCGGAAAGUCAGGUGUUUUUCAAUCAUGUUUUCUAUCAUUCCAUCGAGAAAUUGAACAGCAGAUUAUCGAUCUAUUAUCAACAACUUCAUGAUCUUUGAUAGUAAACCUAGUCAUCGUUGAUCCGCGCCUCUCCAAAUUCUUUAUUUCCCUCUAUCCGCGUUUGUCAAUUCCAAUGUUCACAUUGUCCAUCAUGACCGCUUCCAAGCAUAUUACUCCGCGCUGGCCACAAGUAACUGUUGAUCAUUAGGGUCUUUGAGCAUCAGUGACUAUGGUGCAAGAUGUGCCGCGCAUCGCCACUGUCUAAAAAAGCAAUUAAAGUUCUUUUUUGAGUAAAAAUUAAACUCAAGACUACUACAUUUAUUCCAACCGAAAAAAAAAUGGAGAGGUGGAGAGGGAAGAAACCAAG